UCCUUCUCCACCCACCAAGCAAGGUAGCAGUAAGCAACAAAGCUCGACAGGCUGAUCCAUCAGAAUUUGGUGUGUUUAUCCAAGUAAUCGCGCUGUUCUGCACGGAAAAGUGAGAGGUCUCUGAAGAAGAAAGUCACCAACCAGAGUGCCUCGCCACAACUCAUUCGCGGCUGGCUGUCUGUGCUGUGUGCUCUUGUGAAGAACACACCCGGCUGCCACCAUGGCGCGUAACGAGGAGAAAGCGCAGAUGAUGAUGAACAAGUGGACCACCAUGAAGGAGCAGAUGGCAAAACCGGAGCGUGGCAGACGGCCGUUCCUCUCGUCCGAGUGCGACAACCUCCAGGAUGCCGAGCUCUGGCGAAGAGACAUCAUCCGCGAGACCUCCAAGAGCGUCCACCUGAUCCAAAACGCCGGGGCCGGCGAGCACAAGAUCCGCGACCUCAACGACCAGAUCAACAAGCUCUUGCGAGAGCGAACGCACUGGGACAAGAGAAUACUGGAGCUUGGCGGCCCUGACUACGCCGCCAACGCCCCCAAGUCGUACGACGCGGACGGGCGGGAGCUGCCGGGAGGGGGGGGUUACAUGUACUUUGGCGCGGCGAAGGGGCUGCCCGGAGUCCGCGAGCUGUUCCACAAGUCGGAUGUGGAGAACCCCAGGAGGACACGGAAAGAUAUGUACCAGUUCAUUACUCCAGACUACUACGGCUACAGGGACGAGGAGGACGGUGUUCUCGUGGCGAAGGAGGCGGUGAUGGAAAAGAGGAAGGUGCAGUCAGCGGUGUCGGAGUGGCAGGCGGAGAAGCGACGCCGCUUGGAGGACGGGGAGGAGGAGGCGGGGGGAGACGCUGACGACGAGGACGUACAAGACGUCCAGGGGCAAGCGGCCGAAGCCGCAUCAGCAGCAACGUCCGCGGAAGUGCGAGCACACGUCCCGGUGCCGUCGCAAGAUGCCAUCAAGGAGGCGAUCCUCAAGAGGAAGAAGCUGACGCUACUGAAACGGCUUGACGGCGAGGAGGAUGCGGCCGACGGCGAGAUAGAGGACUAAGCUAGGGCCAAGACCACACGUUAAUGUGUACUAGGAUACCAUUGUAGGAAUCUUGGGAAGAGUAGCCCUCGCUGUAAGGUCGCCUUGAAAGUGUUGUUGCCCCCCUGCUGCCGUGUUGGACAGUAUGUGGCUUCUGCCGGUGUGCGCCCUUCCUGUUCGAACGUUUCAGGAAAACAAUCGCGGAGUAGAGUUUCGCGUAUCAAGUGAAGCGUGCCCUUUUCUUUGCGAUUGGUUGCCCGCGACACCCGUUGACUUGUUUCGCCAGCACGCCAUCGUUAUUCGAGAGCUGUUGUUGCCUAAUGGUUGCAAGACUUCUACUGCUGUGUGUCUCGCGAAUGGCUGCCAUACGUCGUGCGGGACGUGCCUAGCACAAUGCUCCUAUCAUAGCCUCUCGUUCUUGUAUGCCAUUUUUUUUCGGAUGUCGGGCUUGGGGUUUGGAUUUUUGUUCCAACGCAUCGUAGAGGACCUGCAUUUAGAGUGUUGCUCUGCGCUAGAUACUUCUCCGGUUGGCAGCACCUCGAGUACGCAGUACAGAAUGAUGGUAUCAGUCUCACGGGGGACGGGGACAGUUGGUCUGUCUUUGGGAACGUUUUCUAAACUUGAAUGCCCUCGGAAUCGUCCGUGAAUAGCUGCUACCAGUCCACAGCAAGUUUGUGCCGAAACAA